UGCUGCUCUUUUUUUCUUCCCUUUUCUGUUUUUUUCUUUUUCUUGUUUUUUUUUUUCUUCCUUCAUGGUUUUAUUUGCCUGCUUGUUGGUGAAUGCUGUGUGCUUUUGGAUGGGAGCUCUGGACAUCGAGAGGAUGCGCAUUUUGGAGGAACAAGCACUCAAAGUUGUCUUCUCCUCUGGUCCAGGUUUGUUUUAGUGGGUUCGUAGAUGUUUGUCACGUUGGAAUGAACAAUGGUGCAGCUCCUGGGUGCUCUGACCGGGAGCAUGCUCUGGUUUCGGCUACUGCUGCUGUGCGUCGUGGAGUUGGAACUGGAAGCCGGGCUUGCCACUUUCCAGGGUUUCUAUCUUCCACCUGCGAGCGGCUCGCCUCUGACACCUGCCCGGAGGACAGACGGAGUUGUGCGGACUAUUGACCGGAUUUACCACGGGGGAGGGAGGGUUGGCUACCUGGUGUACCUGGAUGAGAGCCGCUUUCAGCUGGACAUGGAACGAGACGAGUCGGUGCUGUCUCAUCACUUCAGCCCCCAGUAUGUGCUCGCCAUGAUGGGACAGAGCCCCGCGCCUCUGCAGAGGGAGUGCGUGUACCGCGGGACCGUGAACUCCAACCCGGAGUCCCUGGCCGUGUUCAACCUCUGCGGAGGAGGUCUCGAGGGCUUCUUCGCAGUGAAGGACGCGCGCUACACCGUCACCCCCAUCGUCAGGGCAAAAGGACACGAGCACGACGUGCGCGCCCUGCAGGACAAGGAUGCGGAGAGCGCGCUCCACGUGUUCACGCGCGAAAGUUUCAGCUUCGAGGAGAAGAGCGAGGGCCGCGAGAGCUGCGGGACGCGCGACGGGCGCAGGAAACGCAAACGCCGGCGCAGAGGUCGCGGGAAGGGUAGAAGGGAACGCGAGGGGCUCGCUUUGGAAGCCGAAGAUGAGCGCGGGCGGAGAUGGUGGAGCCGGCUCGCCACGGCACCCUCCCCGGAGCCGGGCGCACGGCGCAGGAGGUCGGUGUCUCGCGCCAGGUACGUGGAGCUGCUCCUGGUGGCGGACGAGACCAUGACUAAGAAGUACGGAAAGGACUUGAACCACUACUUGCUCACGUUGGCCUCCAUCGCUUCUAAGCUGUACGGGCACGCCAGCAUCGAGAACCCCAUCCGGCUGUCGGUGGUCAAAGUGACCGCGGUGACCGACAAGGAGAAGGGAUUGGAGGUGACCAAGAACGCGGCGGCGACGCUCAAGAGCUUCUGCAAGUGGCAGAACCAGCAGAACCCGCUGGACGACGACCACCAGCACCACCACGACGCCGCCAUCCUCUUCACCAGGCAGGACCUCUGUGGCCAUCACUCCUGUGACACGCUGGGCAUGGCAGACGUCGGCACCAUCUGCUCUCCAGAGAGGAGCUGCGCUGUCAUCGAGGACGACGGGCUUCACGCCGCAUUUACCGUCGCCCAUGAGAUAGGUCACCUGCUUGGUUUGUCCCACGACGACUCCAAGUUCUGCGAAGAGCGCUUCGGAGUGAACAGCGACAAGCGGCUCAUGUCCUCCAUUCUCACCUCCAUCGAUGCCUCCAAACCCUGGAGCCGCUGCACCUCAGCAACCAUCACCGACUUCUUCGACGACGGCAACGCCGAAUGCCUCCUCGACUCGCCCCGCCAGGCCCUCCUCGGCCCCGAGGAGCUCCCGGGGCAGAGCUACGACGCCGUACGCCAGUGUCGCCUGGCCUUCGGCCCUGAGUACACGGUGUGCCCGGGCAUGGACGUAUGUUCGCGGCUGUGGUGCGCAGUGAUUCGCCAGGGACAGAUGGUGUGCCUGACCAAGAAGCUGCCGGCGGUGGAGGGAACGCCCUGUGGGAAGGGUCGCAUCUGCCUGCAGGGAAAGUGCGUGGACAAGACCCGCAAGAAGCACUACUCGGCGUCCAAUCACGGUAGCUGGAGUUCUUGGGGUCCUUGGGGUCCGUGCUCCAGAACUUGUGGGGGUGGGGUGCAGUUUGCCCAGCGCCUUUGCAACAACCCACCACCACGGAACAACGGGCGCUACUGCACAGGAAAGAGGGCCAUCUAUCGGUCUUGCAGUGUAACACCGUGCCCAGCAUCAAACAAGAGUUUCCGCCAGGAGCAGUGUGAGGUGCGCAACGGUCCCCAGACAGAUCCCAAAGGGGUGAAGACCUUCGUUGAGUGGGUGCCUAAGUACGCAGGAGUUCUGCCUAAAGAUGUGUGCAAGCUAACUUGCAGAGCAAAAGGAACUGGAUACUAUGUGGUGUUCUCUCAAAGGGUGGUAGAUGGGACAGAGUGCCGUCCGUACAGCAGUUCGGUGUGCGUGAAAGGGAAAUGUGUGCGGACAGGAUGCGAUGGAAUCAUUGGCUCCAAGCUUCAGUUUGACAAGUGUGGUAUAUGUGGAGGUGAUGGCACAGGAUGCAUACGUGUGGUGGGAAACUUCACCAAGAAGAGUAAGGGCUACACUGACGUAGUGAAGAUCCCUGCAGGCUCUACUCAUAUCAAGGUUCGUCAGCACAAGGCCAAGGACCAGACCCGGUACACUGCCUACCUAGCUCUUCGACGGCCCAAUGGAGACUACCUUCUAAAUGGCAAGUUCAUGAUCUCCACCUCUGAGACAAUCAUCCCACUCAACGGUUCUGUGCUCAACUACAGCGGUUGGAGCCAGAGGGAUGAAUGGCUUCACAGUAUGGGCCCCGGGGCUCUUCAAGAACCCUUGGUGGUUCAGAUUCUAGCUACAGAUGCCAAAAAGCCUCUGGAUGUCCAUUAUAGCUUUUUCAUGUCCCGUCGGACAAAUCCACAGCCACGGUCACUUCCUCUCAUCCCCAAUCCAAAGUUGACUACAACACUGUUAACUACGACAAGAACCACCACCAUGUCCACCACCACUACCACUAGCAGUACCACUUUGUCUUCCUACACUCCUCCUCUUCAUGUUCCAGGGCCAUCCACAGCUCCAGGUCCCUCAACCCUGGCUCCAGGGCCGCAGUGGGUAACAGGGCCGUGGAUGACCUGCUCCAGGACUUGUGACACUGGCUGGCAGAGCCGGACAGUGCAGUGUAAGGACCGGGAUGGGAAACUGUCUAAAGGAUGUGUGCUGGGUGCCCGCCCCUCAGCCUUCAGACACUGUCUGGUGAAGAAAUGCUGAGGCGGCAAGAGAAAAGUGUAAAUUGAUUAAAGUCUCAAGUGCUGGAUGUAGAACUACGAACCAAUGAAUUAAAAAUGUCGAACCUUAAACAGGACAGUGAAUGUUGUCAGAUAGCACCCAGAAUAGACUCAAAGAGACUCUGAGGCAGAUUGGCAUGGAUGUACCUGACCAUAUGGCAGAGGAAUUACCUGGAAUAACAAUAGCUAUGCAGAAUCGAAGACAGUUUUGAUAUGAUAGUGAUGACUGUUUCCCUGCCAUGGCUAAGUUGCAUGCCACAUGGACAAAUAACUAACUGUCUUUACUUCAGUCUCCAAAUUCUGGAGGCCUAGUGUGUGUUGCCCUGUAAUGGCAUGCGUGUCGUGUCUUCUUAUGAUUCCAUGUGUUCAUCUCACUGUGGGAACUUGGAAAUUGUCUUUUGUCCUAAGACAAGAGCCCCAACCAAGGGCCUUCGUUACUCAUCUCAUCAUCAGUCGCACAACUUUCACACCACAUGUCAUGAACCUAGAUUGUCAUCUCCUGUACCUUCGACAUUUUAGUGUCUCUCACUCUAAAUUUCCGGGAAAUUUAGGACAGAAGCAACCCUGACCGACAAAAAGGUCUCUUCCAUUAAACAGGCUUCCAUUCUGUUAAAUAGUGGUCCAUAGUCUUCCAAUCAAAGGUUCUUUGCUUAUAAAAAUGUGACUGAAAUGUCCAUAUUACUGUAGCUGCAGACAGAUCACAGCUACCCAUAUAUUUUGACUUCAGGCAUUUGCUUCUUUCUUUGAUAGAUCCAACUGACAACCAAAAUAAGACUGAGACUAAACAUAAACAAUUUUCCAUUGUGAGGAGUAAAUUAAGAGUCAAACACAAACAGAUAGCUCAUGAAUACAGUUUCCAGCUGAAGGUACAUGGAGAGAUUGGCUCGAUGACCAAGAACGAACGUGAAAACCCAGACAUCCAUGAUACAUUGUGUUAAAGCUCUAUAUUUAAUCAAAUGUACCAAGGUCAAGACAACUUUUGAGUGAUCACUUCACUCAGAAUGAGCAUAGGAAGAAAGUUUAUCCUAAAGACACCAGUAUUGAUUCUACUGACUUUUACAACUACCCAUUCACUGUAACAGCAGCAUAGCAUCUUAAAAAAGAAGUUGACUAAGAGGCAAAGUGACCAUGACACUCCUUAAUAUUUAUGGAGAGUGAUAGUGACUCACAGGUCUGGGACAAUGCUUGGUUUUAAUGCCUGUGCAGUGUGUAAGUGUGUGCAUGUUAUGUGCCACUACCCAGUCCUGUGUUUUAAGCACAUUGAGUAUAUACCGUGAACAUGUUUUACUACGUCUUGAAACUUCUUCACUCUCAGCUCCACAUAUGUCAGUCAUUAUACUGGUGCUGAAAGGGUAUUUUUUGUGUUAGUUAAUGCCUGUUUGUCUGUUUAUCUGUUUAGGAAAUUAUGCUAAUAUGACAUUGUGUGCCCUGGAUACUCGCAACGACAGCAAGAGAAAUAGUAAUGCAGUCAUUAUUGUCCUUUUGCAAUUCAAUUCUUUUUUUCAUCACAUUUUACUCUUUUGCUCAUUUUACAUGCUGUCCAAGUCAUUUUUUCAGGACUGAUGGGUGAAGUUGGCCAUCAUACAAAAAUAUAUUGAUGUCAUAAAAAGGUCCUUUGGAACAAGGAUGAAAUUGUUCAAUCUGAUUGGUGGUUUUUAAAAGCUAAUGUCUGACCUUUCGUCAGUAACCUUUUGCUCUUUGCACAACUCUAAAGACCAGUCGGAGACUAUCUGGCAACCACCAGUUGCCAGUGAAUAAUAUGUAUUGUGUAUGUACAGCUGGUGAGUGGUUGUUGAAGGUUGCUAACAGUUGCUGUGAAAUCAAUUGCUAAAGCCCCUGUCAACCAGUCGCUGACUUGUUUGCAAACACUUGCAAACUAUUUGCCAAGUAGUGAAACUGUGCAAUGCAAAGCAAAAACAAAGACUGUUCACCUUCAAAGUCAAAUUUGUGUUAGUUGUAGUGGUAAGGCACAACGUUUACUAUAAAAGGCAAACGUUCUACCUUUUUGGUUUGUACUGGUGUUUUUCUAAGCUUCACGACAGCUCGGACAGUAUAUAAAUUGACAUUUUCCACAAAAACUACAGGCAAGUGCAGCAAUUUGCUAGCGCCCAAACAACGACAAGUGCCCUGUACAGUGCCCUCUUUGUGACCAACAGCCAGCAACCUCCAGCAUCCACUUGCCAAUACAUUUGCGCAUCUUUCCUCUGUGCCCAGUGGUUGCCAAGUGGCUACUGACCAGUUUAUAGGUCUAUGUGUCUGAGGUCUUAGCUUGUCUGGUGUUUCCACCAAAAAAAUAAGUAUAGUUUGUUGACAGAUUCUUUUAAAUUCAGCAAAUGGUAGCAUUUUAUAUGGAAUCUAAGGAGCUUGUAAAGAAAAGCGACUGGACUUCUUUAAGUUCUAAAAGAUGUUUUAUCUCUCAUCCGAGAGGCUUCUUCAGUUCUUAGAUCAAAUGUUGGAGAGUUCCAGGUAUUUAAGCCCUAGUGCGAGUAGUACCUUAAGAGGGUCGUCGACCAAUUAUUGAUCAUAAGUGGACGUUAAGGCGCCUGGGAAUUUUUUUUUAAAAUUUUAUAUGGACUCCAGGUUCAGCUGUCAUUAAUGUUAUUGGAACUAUUUUAACUAACUACCGUAGCAAUUGUUAUAUGUUAGCUAGUAAACACUGAUUGUACAAAAAGAAGUUGCCAUUGAAUUGUAAAAAGAAAACAAAGACAAAACACUUGUCUUUUGUGAAAUUACACACAUAGGCAUCUUUUAAACAGAGUAGCGCACAAAACUAGCAUGGCUUGCUUUAUGCUAAUUGUAGAUCAAAAAUACACUCAAGAAAGAUUAAAAAUACACACACCAGCAUCUCUAAAGUUAAAAAAUAUGUCAUUAUACCGUUCUUAUUCAUGUUUCACAUAAACUGGAGUGUAAAGUUAUACUCAAAUUUGCCUAUGUUUGCUGUCUAAAUCCUAAGCUAAGCUAACUAGCUGUUCCAAGACGACUAAUGCUUAGCACCUGGCAAAUAGAUAUUAAAACGAUUCAUUUAGGCAAAACCUUGCUAGUUAAUACUUAAUCUACUGUAAGCUUUUGUUUAAUUUAAAUAGACCAACUCCUUAAAAUCUUCAUUUUGGGGUUUUCUUUAGCAACACUAUAUGAACAGCAUUAAUAAUAAUCCCUAGUAUAACAAAGUAAAGUUAAUUACAUAUCUAAUGGGCUUAAAAAAUACCUUCCUGUAAUUGUAUUAAAGUAUCUGGCACCUAUUACAUUUUCCUGUGUGACCAACCUCACCCAUCUGGCAUCUGUGCAGGAGAAAACAAAGCAUGAGAAGAAGUUGCUGAUAUGACAUGACCGAGGUCACUCUUAAAAUGUUUUCUCUUUGCCGCUCAGACAUUCACAUUUAUUUACGCAAUGUAGACAAUGUUUGUACAAUGCAUAGAUCAUUCAUAUUUGUUAGUAUUCAGCCAUGUUGUAACAGUAAUGUACACAUGCAGUCACAUUGAAACAAUCCAUCAUUUGCACAGAUUUCAGACAUAAACUUCGCAGACACAGACUCCACACACAACCUGACUCUGACUCCUCCAGUGGGGAAAACCCCUCUCGCUGAAUGACAGAAACACAGCACUGAACUUGUAAUUUAUUGUUUGUAUAACUGGUAUGUGUGAAUAAAAAAGCAAUGAGAUGAGUUUUAUUUAUUAUAGUAAUUUUGUAUCAAAUUACUAUUUAACUUAGGAAUAUGACUGUGCAGAAUCAUUCCUUUGUAAGAAUAUAGUGUUUUCUUUUCUAG